AUGUCUGAAAUUGAGCAGUUAACUUAAUAGAAGUAAGAGAUUGAGAAAAGUCAAUCAAUUUUAAAUUAAUGGGUUUAAUUAAAGAAAAAUCUGUCUUCUAAAUUCAAAAAUCCAGCAGAAGCUUUUAAAUCUUUAUGCAAAGAAGGGAAGGAUGUGUUGGCCAUUGAAGAUUUUGGGGAUUAUGCAAAAGGAUUAGAUUUAACCUAAGUAUUUAAAGACAUUACAUUAAAUGAAGAAAACUUUUCUAAGGCUUGGGAAUAAUGGGAAUACAAAUAAAAAUAGAAUGAUCAUAAAUUACAAAUCAUUAAUGAGAAACUACAGCUGUUGACAAUGUUGGAUAAUGGAGAGAUGCCUAAGGAAGCUUCACGAGGAUUAGAUGCAGCACCAAACAAAAGAGUAUAACAAAUAGAAACAUUAGAAAAAUUACGAGAGAAAUUGGAUAAUCUAGUCAAUGAAGGACAAAAAUAGAAAGAAAAAUAAGAUGUAGUUUAAAAUGAAUAAGACUGUUUUGCACAAUUUUUAGCCAAGAAAUCUGAAGUCAAAUCACCAGAAUUGCAAGUUUCUAAACUUCAAUAAAAAAAUAACGAAGAAGAAUAAAAUAGUAAUCCUUCUAAAGUUAAACGAAGUUACAUUGAUUCUACUCCUGCAUAUUCUAGAAAUAAGGCUACUUUCGGAAGUAGUGGUAAUUUACUUCAAAGUAGUCUCUAAAAUAAGGGUUCGUUAGGAAAUAGUCAAAUAUCCGUUAAAUCUUCCUUUAUUGUUGAAUCUUAGAUUUAGAUAUCUCCCCAGAAGGCAGCUCAAAAUUUAAGAAAUUAUGUUCCUAAUCCUCAAUAAUAACUAAGGUCUCCCUAUGAAGAAAGGUAAGUGUAAGAAGAAAGAAAGUCCCAAAAGGCAAACAGAAUGAAAGGAGAUCUUCAAUCCUAUAUAUCUGAACUGUUUUAAAAUGAAAGAGAAUCAAAAUAGUAAAUAAGAACAUUUGAAAAACCAACUUCCCAAGGCUUAGCUGGGUUUUUUACAUCUAAGAGAUUAUAUUAGAAUGCAUCAAAUAAAUAAUCAUUUGCGGAUACAGAUUCCCAUAAUGUAUCAAAUAGAGUGCAAACAAUUAGAUAUAAAUUAGAUGAUUUUUAAUCUUAAAAGUUAGCAUAAUAUAGUUAUGUUCCAAGAACAGUACCAGAUUGGACUCCUGAUAGACCAGUGAGAUUGUCAAAUCCGAAACAAAAAUAAAAUAGUGGGAAAUAGAUAAGUCCAAAAUAUACUCCUGGAAAUACUCAUAGAUUAAAUCUUAAUUAUUUGAAACAAGAGAAGGAGACACAUGAACAAAAAUAGGAAGAAUAGCCACAAGCAAAUUGCUGA